CAAUCACAUUUCACUUGGCCCAUGUCAACAAAAGAUUUCGUUAUAAUUGUUUUCCUGCUGCCUGGUAGUGUUGCACAACAACUUCUAGUGCUUACUCGUGUGCUCGAUUAAAGUAAGACCAAACGUUUUUAUAGUUCGUCGACAGAGCUAUAUGGGUAUAUUCGAACGCUUUUUAAAUAAACAUGUCGCUUCAGAAGGAAAUUCCGUAUGAUGAGAGCUUGCAGGGUUCCUGGGUGGAGUUGCACUAUAACACUGGCAGUGGGAGUCAGGUGUGCCAGGAGCAGAUCUCAACAACUGCUCUUGAUGUAGACCUGGAGAAGUUACUACUAGACGCCCAACACGAGUCAAGCAGGAGUACCUCGAGAGGAAGCUCACAAUGUGACAGUCCACUUAGGUCACAGACUCCUCUUCUUCUGUUUAGAGGCUCAGAGGGAAACAGUUCACAGUCUGAGGAAGAUAACCAAGAAAGAAUCCAGGAAGUAGAGAAUCUCCUGAAGAAGAAUGCUGACUGGAUCUGGGACUGGUCCAGUCGUCCUGAGAACAGCCCACCAAAGUGCAUAGUACCUAGUAAUUAUAUACAGGAGUUUCUGCUGAAACACCCCAGGCGCUCAGCCUCGCUCAGCAUCAGGAAGACCAACGUCAUGAAGAAAGGAGGAGUUCUCUCCCCUGACUUCCUCAAGCUUUUCCUUCCUUCAUUAUUCAUUUCUCAUAUACUCGCAGUUGGCCUGGGGAUAUACAUUGGGAGGCGCCUCAGCACAUACAGCACCUACUGAAGCUGAUGCUGCAUUAUGAGACCACUGACUCAUACAGCUGGUAUGCCUUCAAAUGGGGGCAACUUCAGAAUCCAAGGAGAAGUGGUUGAUGUAGCAUUCUCCAUUUUAGCUGAUUGCCUCAUCUUAUCUUCUGAAUGCUGUGACUGCUUCUUUCUCCCAGAAAUGCCUUGAAUCAGGAACUGAUUUGUGCUGCCAUGUUCCUCUCGCUAUUUAGAAUGUUGUUUUAUAUUGAACUGCUGCCAAUUGGCAUUGUUUCUCAUUUUCGUAAGCAUAUUGUGUUUGUGUUUUGCCUGUUUGUUAUUCUUAAGGGAAUGAUUAAUGUGAAUGAAUAUUAAUUGUGAAAUAAUUUCCUGCACUCAUUUUCUUUGAAAAAAGCUGGGGUUGUUAAUACAUUUCAUGCAACAUGUGAAAGGCAGGGUGUGAAUUGCAACAAAAGUCUUUUGGGGGUCUCUAAUUGAACCUAUUCACCUAUUUGUUAAAAAUUAUAUUGUGUACUGUUACAGUGGUAAAGAUGAAAAUAAAAGCUUAUUCCAAAUUAAA